AUGGCUGCAGCUGAUUCCCCGAACACGAUUAUCAUCGGUGCCGGUCCUGGAGGCAUAUCCUUGGCGUACCGGCUGAGACAUGAACUCGGGUUUGACGACUUCCUAAUGUAUGAUAAACUCGACGGUGUAGGAGGAACAUGGAGGUGCAACACCUAUCCGGGCUGUGGCUGUGAUCUCCCUUCACAUCUAUACUCCUUCAGCUUCAACCUAAAUCCCAACUGGUCAAAAGAGCUCUGCGAGCAGCCAGAGAUUCUACAAUACAUCGAAGACACAGUCGACAAAUUCGAUCUCCGCAAGCAUGUCAUUCCCUCUGUUGAAUGCACAGGCGCAGUAUGGGACGAGAAGAGCGAAAAAUGGACAGUCCAUUUCCGCGACGUGAAAACAGAUCUCAAGUUCGUGUGCUAUGCUAGUAUCUUUGUUUCAGCCGUCGGGGCCAUCUCUUUGCCCCGCGAAAUUCACUUCAAGGGUAUGGAGCAGUUCAGGGGCCCCAUCAUUCAUACAGCACGGUGGGAUCACUCGGUCGACUAUAACGGAAAGCGCGUGGCGGUCAUUGGCAACGGCUGCAGCGCAGCACAAGUCGUCCCAGCCCUAGCUGAAAAAGCCGCCUUCGUGCAGCAAUAUGCCCGCAGUGCGCAAUGGUACCACCCACGGCCAAACCACCAGUUCACUGUAGCCGAGAAAUGGGCCUUCCGCUGGAUCCCCCUCUGGCAGCGCUGGCUGCGUCUCCAGAUUUUCAUGAAAGCAGAGAAAGAAUCGAAUACGUACUUUCCUACACCCGAAGGCGUUACUGCUCGGUUGGCCGCCGAGGCCGAAUCGAAGGAGUAUAUUUUAAGUCGCACGCCAGAGAAGUACUGGCAGUUUAUUGUGCCAAUUUUUCCUCUUGGUUGCAAGCGCCGCAUCUUUGACCCGGAUUACUUGGAGAGCCUGCAUAAAUCCAGUGUUGUGCUACGGAACGAGGGGAUCCAGGAGUUCACAGAGAAUGGUAUCAUUGGUUCCUCCGGGGUCGAGGAUGCAUUCGACAUUGUAGUCCUUGCCACAGGUUUCCAAGUCUCGCAGUUCCUUGCGCCCAUGGAAAUCAAGGGCAAGGGAGGGAUCUCCCUGAAUCAGCAGUGGGAAGAGUCUCGCGGCGCGCAGGCUUACUUUGGUACUUAUGUGCAUAAUUUUCCGAAUAUGGCGAUUAUCUUCGGACCCAACAGCUUCCCUGCAAAUAACUCGGCCCUUUUCGCCUGCGAAACUCAGGUCGUCUUCGCAGUAAAAUCCCUGUUCGUCCCCAUCCUCGACCGCCGAACCGGCAUCGUGGAGGUAAAGCAAUCUGCUGAAGAAAAGCACACGAAUCUAAUCCACCAGCGGCUGAAGGAUACUGUUUUCUCGGGCGACUGCUCAAACUGGUAUAUCGGCAAACACGGGCGCAAUGCCGCCUCUUGGCCUGCAAAGGCCGCGAAGUUCUGGUUCGAAACUUAUUUCCCAGACUGGAGCGCGUUUAUCUGGAAGGGCGGUACCAUUUUCUGGCCUGUGCAUCGGGUUAAGAGGUGGCUGAAGAUGAAUCGCGGGGCUGUGUCCGGAAUGCGGCUGUUGCUGAUGCGCUCAGAGCCGGGCUGCGAGGUCUCCGCACUCAGGUAG